CAAAUGCGUUUGUGAUCGCCCCACGGUUGCCAAAUACGGUACGAAUCUCGGGUUUCGCGCGGCCCGCUGGCACUACACCAGCCUCUGCAAAAACGUCCUCUAUUCCUGUCUAAUGCUCGAAAACACGUAAAAACAGUUUUUAUUUCUGUAGCGAGCGCCCUCUAAAUUUAGGUAUGGAAACUGAAAGUAAUACGAGUGAUUUUGGGUACGGGCCGCGUUGUCUGUAUUUAGAUUAGUGGCAGGAGCGGUGUGCGAACGGAGUGGAGUUGAUAACAGGCACGUUUGCAGGAUUGCGCGUGCGCUGCAGUGGUUCUGUGAUUGUGUUACGGCUAUGCGUUUCGUGUUUACGCCGGCAGUGCUACUAAAAGGAUUUGGAUGUCACAAAUGCUGCCCGAAGGAGAAGUGAUGCGCCGUGUGGCGUGCGGCGACGUGUGUCCCGCGCCGCCCGCUGCGCCCGCGCCGCCGCACGCACACCACACGCACAAUAGAUCAGAAAACAAGGAAUUGCUCCGGCAACAACUGCUUUCAGCAAGUAAAGACCGUCUAGCGGAAAAAGCGGAGCCACCAAAACCAAAACACGCGAGGAACAGACAGAAGAACAGAUGGAAAUUGAAAUUCCAUCAUCAGGCCCUGCCGCAAGAGUACCUUGAUCAUUACGAGCAAAGUUUACAAAAGGCGAAUGCUAAACAAGUUCAACAGAAGCCGAAACCUUCAGAAAAACCUAAAACAGAACCCAAUAUAGACAUAAACAACAUUACCAAUGAAACGUUCAAAAUAUGGGCACAGAGGUUAGCAGGAAUACAAAAUGAAACAGGAACGCUGACUGUGCCUCAAGUAUCCUCUGUUAUAAAUAUGGCCAAACCACCAUGUAAGUCUGACGAUAAGAAAAAGAAAAAUCCAGCAAUAGCACCAAGUAAAAUAGUCACUUACGAAGAUUUACCAUAUAUGGGAGAGAUGACGUUAAAUAACUCAAAACCUAGAAGGGGUAGAAAACCGAAAAAGGCAGACAUAUGCCAUUUAAUUUAUGAAAAUUAUGGGACUGUUGUACCUGGACAGCCCCCUCCGACGCAAGAUAGACUGAAUCAACUGAAUAUGUGCUCACCUUUCCGUGGUGAUAAUACCAUAAGCACACCCAAAACUGAUUUGCAAAAUAAGAUAAUCUCAAGUUUACUAGAGCGAAAACUGUCUGCAGAGAAUAAGAGGAAAUUAGAAACUCUUUCACCUCAGAGGUUUAAUAGUCCGGAUGAACCAAUGCCUGAAGCACCAGUGACGAUUCCAGGACCUCUGCACAGUGACGAUGAACCUCUUAAUCUUUGUAUUAGAGAUCUGCAUGAACUAAAGAUUCAGAUCCAAAAGAAGUUCGGCAAUAUUUACACGUCGACGCCAGAAAUUAAAACAGAAGUUGACACAGAAAUGACUGAACAUGAAAGCCCCAAGACUGAGCAGCCAAACGCAAUAUCUGUUAUUCAAAGGAAUACAAAUCUUUUAUCAUCGACAGCGAGUAGUUCACCAGAUUUAUCCCGACAGACUAGAAACAUCUCGCCAACUUUAUCUGAACCCGCGCAGUCUACUUCGUGUAAUGACGGCGAUCCGAAAUUUCCUGGAUAUGUCUAUUGGCCAAAUGCUGGAAUUUACAUGCAUCCUUUAGCACUCCAGACACAACUUCUGUACUACCAAAGGCUAGCAGCAGGGCAAUUGCCAUUUGAAGAACAAGAGAGGGCAUUAUCCACCCCUAAUAGUGUUAGUGAAAGUGUAUCUACCGAACCUAAUUUAUCGUUAGAUGAAAGUAAAAACAAAUUAGUGCUUAAACAAAUAUCUGAACUGUUAGAUCCUAAAGUGAUAAAACAAGUGGAAGAAGCUAAACGGAGUCCUGAGCAAUCCAAAAUGAAAAGGGCAUCUCCGAACCCUGUACCUGGUCCAGUUAAGAGGAAGAGAUCCGCAAUAUUUAUACCACCAAUUCCUGCAAAAAGCAACUCAACUACGCCCACGACGGAAGUGAGUAUAUGUAAAUUUAAGUUUACUGGGGGAUCGAAACCUUCUUUGCAAGAGAAGAAAAUGCUCUCAGUAGAUUCCGGUGGCAAUUUUAGGUACUACAGUGGCACUGGUAAUAAGGGUAAUAAAGGAUAUGAUUAUCUACAAAGGGAUUCUAACCAGGGUAGAGCUACCGAACCUGAGGCUUCCGUGUCAUCAGUACCUAAAAUUGAGGGACAGAGUACAUCACUAAGUAAAGAGGAGUUGAAUAAGAAAAAGAGAAAGUCAAGAAAGAGUCUGCAGAGGGAAAAGCUGGAGCAAACUUUUAAAGAGAAGGGGUUUUUAAUUCAAACUCAGCAGUUGCAGUCUGCGGAAGGUGCGACGUAUUGCAAGUUUAGGCAGUUAAGGAAAUUUACUAGAUAUCUUUUUAGAAGCUGGAAAGAUUAUCUUCCAGGGGAAUUAGAAGAGAGACCAAACACAGAGACACCAUCCGAGGAACAACAGCCAUCCUCAAACGAUGGGGCAACUGGGGAAUGGGGAUGAAUUAUUAUAUGAACAUUCUCUUUAUAAGCCAAAGAAUUGACCCAAUUAUUACCUGGCUACUAAAUUUGCUGGUGGCUGAAUUAUGCAUUUAUUUUUGUUUUGUCUGUAGUACGUUUAUACAAAAAUAUUUAAAAAUUGUACAAAGUCAUCACUCCGUCCACUACGUGUUUGUGAUUUCGUUUCAAAUAAACAAAAUGUUUUGUGUUAUUAUAUUAUUUGUGGUAUUUCGUUAAACUUGAUAUAUGAAAGCUUUUAUUUAAACAUUGUCCUUGAUUUAAUUGUUGUAUCUAUUUUAUUGACAAAAAAACGUAUACCUGUAAAUUAAUAUCUAAUUGUUGUUAAUAGGAUUAAUUUUUAGUAUAGUUUUAAUAUUUUUACGUUAUUUCGAAACAAUAUAUUUAUGGCCACAUGCAUAAUAUUAAGGGAUAUUUCUAAUAAAACUAGAAUUGCGGUAAUACUAACAAAACUAGUCAUUUGACACCUCUAAUAUAGCACACUACAAUUAGUUAAUGGAUUGUGUACACGUUGUAUAAAGCCUGAUGAAAAUAUUAAUAUAAAUACAAAUAAUGAAGUAGCUUACUAUGAGAUUGUAUCAAUUGAAAACAGUAUACACUAAUAAUUAGUACUCAAUACUGGCUUUUACCACACUAUAAUACUUAUUGAAUUGUUUUGAUUUAUUUUCAACAGAUUUCAGAAAAAGUAGGAGGUCCUUAUGUUUUUAUGUUCGUUACCACAUAACUCCGUCAGUUAUAAACCGAUUCGGAAAAUCCUUUUGUUUGUCUGAAAGGAUAUACUUUCAGAUUGAACCCAUAGAAAUGUUAUCAAAACCGGUUCGGUAGUUUUUAAAUCAACAUAAUUGUUUUUGUCCUUUUUUCAUCUUUUUAUGCGUUAGUUUUGUAUUUAUACUUGAUAAUCUUUUGUAAUUGAUAAAUCCAAGCCAUUGCCAAUAAAAUGGCGUAUCCGUCAUCUCAUUGUCUAUUAAGAGAUUAUUGUCAGGUGAAAUUACGCUUUAUGUAUGUACAUAAUUUUCCAUGGAAAGAGGCACUCUAGUCACUACUGAUUAAGUUUUACGUUGAUGUUAAUAAUAUGUACAAACAAUGUUUAAUAUUAUUAUAGAUUUUUUAAAUAAAAAUGCAAAAUGUAUUUAUAAAAAAAACUUUAUUAAAGAAAAUCUUUCUGAGAAAUAAUAUAAUGUGAAAAAUGCGAUCAACAGGAAUGUAAAAUGUCCCAAUUAAACAUUAACCGAAUCAUAAAGUGUCUUAUUUAUAAACAAUAAGAGGAAGCCUUUAUCUUAUGCCGUGGCCUCAUAUUGGACGUAUAUUUCGAAAUUUUGGAGCCAUUACACACACUUAUGGAUUAACCUUGGACAAACAUUGGAUAUUAAAAAAAAUAAAAAUGAUAAUUUGACGCCAAGAUUGAAUCCAACGUAUAGUCCAAUAUGUGGCUGGACCAUUAAAACAUAAAUCCACUCUUAUUAUAUGGAACUAAUACAAAAUUAUAGAAAAAAGGUUUUCGUGAACUACCCUUCUAAAAAGAAUAGAUUUUAUAACAUGGUUAAGAAAAAACACGUCCUGAUUUUUUAGUUAAUAUAUUGUCCUAAAAAAGGGAGACUUUUAUUCUUUAUGUCUUUUUAGGUGGCUGUUCACUAAAAUAGCCAAUUUUGUUCCGUCAGUUUUUCAUUAAGAGUGGAAAUUAUGUCGAAUAUUUGCAAAGUACUGCAAUUAAAUUUAAAAUAUAUAUCGAAGCUGUCAAUCAUAUCCAAAAUGAUAUGGUGCAAACAAAAUAACUAUGCUCUGGUCCCAACAAAUGCAGUAGUUACAAAUCCAAUAGAUAAACAUGAUUUCAAAUCAAAGCGAAAUCUUAAUAUAACAUAGUAUCCUUACAUACUAAUCCAUCAAAACUUUCAGAAAUUUGCCAUCAGUCUAAAUAACCUUGUGCGUUCAAUUAAAAAGGCACUUAUAAACGUUAUAAGAUACUUAUAAAAAAUUAUAUAGCUCUUUUCUAAGUGUAAUAACAACCUUAUCAAUACAUAGAAAAUUGAUGCUUAGGAACUAUUUUUUUUAACAUACCAUAGAUUAUUUUUGGAUCUAUACCGUAUUAUCAUAGAGAUUUAACGACGCAAAUCUAUGGUUGGAAUCAAUAAUUUGCAUAAAAUCUUAAAUAUGAACGCAACUGUUCUUUUUGCAGUGAAUAAAGCAAUUCAUCGCAAAAUGUUACUAAUAAGUCGUCUUCCCUAAGACACUAUGUUACUAAGGCUUGGUUGUAUUUUUUUGUCUUUUUUAAUUGCUACAUGUCUAAU